AUGUUUAUAGACUUGCCUAAAGAAAUUCUUGAUAAGGUGUUUGGAUUCAUUGAUUCAAAGGACUACCUCAACUUUCUAUUAACCUGUACUACAGUCUACGUCAAAUGUCAAAGUAGUCUAUUUCAAAAAAAAGCACUGAUAAUGUAUUACAGUGGAGAUAAGAAUAUGGUUAGGGGAUUCAAAAACCUUGAAAUUACACUCAAACUAAUCGAAAUUCUAAAUCGAACACCAGAGUUACUUUCAGAUGUUAGAGUUCUACAGUUAAAGGACAAGCGCCAAGUAGUCACUAGAAGACAACCAACAUAUUCUGCCCACAAGCUUUACAGAACAACGAAAACAUUAAAUGACACAAUAAUAUCAAGAAUUAGCAGAUUUGACCAUCUUAGAUUGCUUAAAGUUGAUGUCAGUGAUUCUAAUUUCCUAUAUUCAAUUUUGAGAAGUCUGCCAGCAAACUUGAAAGCAUUGAUCAUAAUAUUGAAUGAUCUCAAUGGAAGUACCGGAUUGAUGACUGGUCAUGAACCUUCUAUGAGUAUUGCCAAAACCACCCUAAAGCUUCUCAAAGUGUCGUAUGUGGGGAAAAAGCCGUUAAACUACCGGCAGAUCAAGAUGAAAAAUCUAUGGCAUGCGAUGGAUUCAAGACAAUUGACAGAAAACAACUUAAACGAAGCACUUAGAGAGACACAAAGCACAGAAAUUCACAGAUCGAGGUUUUCUUUUAGUAGAAGAGAGCAUAACAUUACACAACUAGGAGUUUCGUUGGCACAACUAAUUAAUACUCAUCGAGACUCUUUAUUCACCAUAGAUAUACGAGGAUUUGAUGCCAACAUUAUUUUUCAGCAUCCAACUACUAAGACGAAAUUAACUAAUCUAAGAGUGCUUAGAUUGAGUGGCCAGAGUAUUCCCAAAUUGUCCUGGUGGCUUCCAGAAUUGGAAAAAUUGAAUAGAGAUAGCCGACCAUUAUUGAAUCGCCUUACCAUAUCGAGAGAAGCACUUCCUCCAGUAGCAGUUAUUUUAAGCAACCUAUUUCAGAGUUCUCAAAGUUUGCAUGGAGAAAGUGACCCUAAUUAUCUCUGUAGGGUUCACUUCUUUGGCCAUUCACUGCAAAGGUGGGUGUCUCUGGAUGGAAAAGCCAAAGAGUUCUGGAGAAACUAUAAAUACCCUCAAAAUUAA